AACGACGAUCGGAUUUAGGUUAUUUUGAAAAUUGUUGUUUUGCGGGGUAUUAGUUUUCAUUAGUGCAAUGGUUUGGUUUGUAAUAUGGGUUUGGAUCUAGCUCAGUUAUGGCGGUUAAUGAAGCUUUGCAGGGUGUGAGCAAUUUGUUGGGUUUCAAGCCGUUUUUAGCUAGCUAACAUCAGUUCUAUAUAUUCAGCUACUGGUGGCAUUAGUUUGUGAUCGGUGAAUAAUAUGUGAUUAGGUUUUAGAGGGGUUUGUAGUUGUAGAGGUUUGAUAGACGACGCUAUGCGCUAUUCUUUUUCCCGAUUCAAGAGAAUUUUUAUUUGCUCUGAACUUGGGCGGUCUUUAUUAUUAGUCUUGUGUCUGAUUCAUAGGGAGUGUUCUGAUGAAUGAUGAGGGAAAACAGCUGGUGGAGCUGAAUCGCCGUUCAUGGGAUGGGAAUAAGGGGGUUAAGGAGGAGGAACAGGGGUUGGUUAAGGGAGAUGAGUUGAAAAGUAGUGGGAGAGCUGAGGAUGUGAAAGUUAGCAAUGGAGGGGUUGUUCAACCCCAGUUUGUUAUGCAACAGCCUCAGGGGUCAGCUGUUUGCUGGGAGAGGUUUCUGCAUCUGCGAUCUCUGAAGGUUUUGCUGGUGGAAUAUGAUGAUUGUACUCGCCAUGUUGUUGCUGCACUUCUUCGCAAUUGCAGUUAUGAAGUUAUUGAAGCAGCAAACGGAAUACAAGCCUGGAAGGUUCUUGAAGAUUUGACCAAUCAUGUUGAUCUAAUCUUAACUGAGGUUGUUAUGCCUUGUGUAUCAGGCAUUGGUCUCUUAUCCAAAAUUAUGAGCCAUAAGUCCCGAAAGAAUGUUCCUGUGAUUAUGAUGUCAUCUCAAGAUUCAAUGGGUGUGGUCUUUAAGUGUUUGUCAAAGGGUGCUGUUGACUUCUUGGUGAAGCCCAUACGGAAGAAUGAGCUUAAGAACCUCUGGCAACAUGUUUGGAGGAGAUGCCAUAGUUCUAGUGGUAGUGGAACUGGAAGCGAAAGUGGCACACAGACUCAGAAGUCUGGAAGAUCAAAUAGUGUUGACAAGUGUGACAACAACAAUAGUGGAAGCAAUGAUGAGGAAGAUGAUGGGAGUAUGGGUCUGAAUGCAGGAGAUGGAAGUGACAACGGAAGUGGUACCCAGAGUUCUUGGACGAAACAAGCUGUAGAAGUUGACAGUCCACGACAGGUGUUUUCAUGGCAUCCUGAUAGUACUUGUGCCCAAGUAGUUCACUCCAAUGCUGAAACAUUUGGUAACCAGUUGGUCACUGCUACUGCAGCGAGGGAGUGCCAGCAACAGAAGGAAGAACAUGACAACUUUGCAAUGGGUGAAGAUUUGGAGAUUGGCAUAAGUAGCAAGAGAGAUGUACAGAGUGAGCAUGCUACUGAGUUACCAACCAAACUAGCAGGCCCAAGGAAGAAAAAUCUGCUCAAGAUAGGUGGUGUCACCAAUUCCUCUGAUCCCCAGUUGGAUAGAACAAAAUUUGAAGCUUCUGACGGACAUAAUAAGGUCUCGGACAUUAGCAAUACACCUAACAACGAUACUGAUGAACUACCAUCCCUGGAGCUCAGUUUGAAAAGACUUAGAGGAGUUAAAGGCACUGAGACAACAGUACAAGAUGACCGCAAUGUCUUGAGGCGUUUGGACUCUUCAGCGUUUUCAAGGUAUAACUCAGCUUCAAAUGCUAACAAGGCUCCUUCCGGACAUGUUGGAAGCAAUUCUCCGCCGGAUGAUAUUGGAGAAAGUACAAACAAGGAUCUGUUUAAUGAUAUCCCAUCUCACUCAAGUUACAAUCCUCCCAAUCAAUGCUCAAAUGGAGGCAGUAAUAACAUUGAUAUGGGCUCCACAACUAAUAAUAAUCCUCCUGAGUCUCUUGUUAUAAGCAAGUCAGCAGCUGCAUCCACAGUUCAACGCUUGCAUCCAUCAUCUGCUUUUCAUCCUGUGAAAAAAGACCCUAUGAAUGCUACACAGCCAGUUUUAAUAGAUAAUGCUAACAAUGCAACAGUACCGGCUCAAUCAAGAUGUGCCCAGACACCACAAUUUCAAACUCAAAACCUCCAUCAGGAUUAUGAUCACCAUCAGGUCCAUCACCCAGUUGCCCAAACAAUGCAAAAGCAGCAGCUUCAUGACCAUAGUGAUUUGUCUUUAAAGAAAUUGGCUGCAGCAGCUCCACAUUGCGGAUCAUCAAAUGUUAGGAGUGGGCCUGUUAAAGGUAAUCCUGGAAAUUACAGUGUCAAUAGAAGUGCUUCUGGCAGUAACCAUGGGAGCAAUGGGCAAAAUGGAAGCAAUAUUGGAGGUACGAACAUGGAAAGUGAUAAUGGAGUUGCUGGAAAAAGUGGGAGUGGUGACGGUAGCGGAAACCAGAGUGGAAAUAGAGUAGAUGAAAACAAAUUUUCUCGGAGAGAAGCUGCCUUGACCAAGUUCCGUCAGAAAAGAAACGAGAGAUGCUUCCGGAAAAAGGUUCGAUACCAGAGCAGAAAAAAACUAGCAGAACAGCGACCUCGUGUUCGGGGUCAGUUUGUCCGGCAGACUGUGAGCGAGAACACUAGCAGGACAACAGACAGCUGACAUUGCUUGGAAAUACGAUCAAUAUAUCUACAUUUCUUUUAACUCUUGUGAGUGAGUACUGAGUACUUCGUAAAUAUUCAGGUAGAGAAUUGGAGGUGUAGAACUCUUAACAGACACCUUAAAGUGUAUUUGCUACGGUUGUGGAUUUAAAUUGCUUGUUUUUGACAUAGAGACUGUAAACUCUAUGCGAUCACAGUAUACUUCAAUCCGUUUGAUGUGAAUUUCAUAAACUUGUACUGGGAUACAAGAUCCUAUCG